AUGUCUAGGAACGCCAACUGUCAGACCAUCACCUGUAAUGGCAAUAAGAAGUGUCUGAAAGAUGGGGCCAAUGGUUCAGAGGCGCGGUGUGUGACCUGUCCUCCGAUGCCCUGUCCUGCGGGUCGACCCCAUGUCAAUGCUGUCCACAAGCACUCGGCGGCCAAUAAGGUGUUGUGCGCCUCCAAUAACAUCACGUACUGGAACUGGUGUUCAAUGAUGAGCGACGCCUGCUCUACAGGCAUAUACCUGCACGUGGUGUCGGGCGGGCCCUGUCCUACAAAUCAUGUUUUCCACCCAAUUGUACGCCAAGAAUAUCUCGGCUUUUAA